AUGAAUCGGAUCCCGCCGUAUGACCCUCUACCUCGGAUCCGAGGUCGACAAGAGAAGGAAGAAAGGAUCCCCAUAACUAUCACAAACAACUGCAAGGAAACCAUCUGGCCAGGAAUCGUGACACAGGCGGGAAAAGGGCCAAAGUCCCAUGGAUUCGAGCUGAAACCCGGCGAGUCGCGCGACCAGACGCUGGACAAGCACUGGCAAGGAAGGAUAUGGAUGCGGACGAACUGCACCUUCAAUCAGGGAGGCACAGGGCCUGAAAACAACCAGACAGGGAAAGCGUGUGGAACUGGAGAUUGCAACGGUCUUCUGGACUGUAAAGCAACCGGCGACCUCCCCGUCACUCUAGCAGAAUUUACCCUCGAUGCCGGCGACGGCAACACAUACUACGACAUCUCUCUCGUCGACGGCUACAACAUCCCCCUAGCCAUAAUCCGCCAACAAGCUCCCGGAAAUACCGGCAUCGACGACAUCCCACCCAACCUCACCAACCCCUCCUGCAUCGCCACCUCCAGCCACCUCGCUCCCCAAGACUUCUCCCCCUACGCCGAUGACACCACAAAUCCCCACGAAGAAUCCCGCUUCCUCGGCACCAACUCCACAUCCCCCCUCCCCUUUGACCGCUCCCUCCCUCCCUCCUCCCUCCUCCACUGGUGCCCCUGGGACUGCCAACUCCACCCACCCCCCAAACCCGGCGCCGACAUCUACCCCUACCCCGACGACGCCAUCCCCCGCCCCGUAUUCCAGCCCUGCCUCUCCGCAUGCGCGAAAUGGAACCGCCCCGAAGACUGCUGCGCCGGCAAGUUCGCGACGCCGGAGAAGUGCGCACCGGGGCUGUAUUCGCGGAAUGCGAAGCGCGUGUGUCCGGAUGCGUAUAGCUAUGCGUUCGACGAUGGGCAGGCAACGUUUGUGGUUCCCGGGGGCGGGGGGUGGGGGUGGGAGGUGGUGGCGUGUCAUGGGGGGAGGAGCACGACGAUUCUGAGAUCGGCGUUGGCGGGGACAGGGGAUGGAGGACAGGUGGCGUUGGGGGGGCGGAGGGCGAAAAGGGAUGGGGGUUUGGGGCCGGUGGGAGUGCAUGUUGGCGAGGUUUGGAAGAGGAGAGGGGGGUUGGAGGGGAGGGCCAGGGGGGAGUCGAGGGCGGGGGGGGGGGAAGGGGAAUAA